AUGUUCACCUCAGCCCUCCCCGCCCUCCGCCGCGCGCCCUUCGUCUUUGGACGCGGCCUCUCUACCUCUUCGGCCAUUUCGCCUUUUGCGCGCACGUCGUUCCUUCGCUCCGCAUCUCUUACACAUAACACGAACUCCAUCCUCCGCAACCACCUCAUCAUUCGCGGUGUCGCGAACAGCGUUUCCGGUCGCCCAGGUUCGCAAACUGCGGGCCACGCUGCUCAGAACAUCCGCGAAGAGGUUGGCCAAUCUGCUGCCGACCUUGCUAAAUCAAUCGCCGGCGGAAACGUUUUCCAGGACGGUGUCGAACCAACCCAGCAAACCUUCCUCGGUGUCACCAACGCGGUUGCACAUGCUGUGCCCCAACCAUACGUGAUCUUUGGCCUCGCGGGCGGUCUGCCUUACCUCGGUGCAUCCGGCGCGACUGUGUACCUCGCCCACCAAGCAGGUCUUGCUGCUCAGGGAUUGGUGCCUAACAUCGACCCUGGCGUGGCGAUCACUAUCCUUGACCAAGCAUUGCAACUUCAAGUGACGUACGGUGCAGUAAUGUUGUCCUUCCUUGGUGCCCUUCACUGGGGCUUUGAGUUCGCCGGCUACGGCGGGCAGAAGUUCUACCCUCGCUUGCUCCUUGGAGCAGCACCCGUCGUGUUUGGCUGGUCGACGCUGGCCUUGGACCCGACAAUGGCACUCAUUGCUCAGUGGUUUGGCUUCACCGGCUUAUGGUGGGCUGAUCUGAGGGCGACGGGCGCAGGAUGGGCACCGCUAUGGUACUCUCAGUACCGCUUCUACCUGUCCAUUCUGGUCGGUACCUGCAUCAUCGGCUCAUUGGCCGCUACAAGCUACUGGGGCCCCGUGGGUGGCCACGGAGUGGUGUCCCACGAUCUCAACAUGAUCCGGGCUGAGCGCAAGCAACACCAGCCAGAGAAAGAAGGCCGGGUCUCGGGAGAAAUCGAGGCGCUUCCCGCUCCUGAUGAUGCCGACAAGUAUGUUAUCAUCAAGAAGAAGGAUGAAGGCAAAGACAAAGAUGAGGAGAAGCAGGACAAGGGCAAGCAGGACGAGAAGAAGCAGUAAAUGUUUCUCUCACCGAAAAUCCUCGCUGCCGGCAUGACAGAACGACAUGGACGUUCACUGUAAACCAUACUAUAUGAUAUCA